GACGAAAUCCAAACAAAUCAACAACAAACGCGCAACCAACCACAAAGCAACAAACAAACGAGCACCCACCAUUGUCCUUCGCUCGCUCCGCACCUUUCCUUCCUAUCUGGCUGACAUCCCCUUCCCAUCCCUUCCAUCCCUUGCUUGUGUGGGUCGAGAUGGGAGACAGUCGACCAUUUGAGACUGUGGUGCAGCCUGGAACUGCUUUGGGGCCGUUCCUGCUCGGCUCCACCAUCAACACGGUCAUUGCGUUCCUCAAAGAGAACUUUGAAACGUUCCACGCCGUCGACUUUGUCUACAACUCCGAGAACCCGCUUGGCCAGGACCUCUUGCUCAACAUUGACGAGUACUGCUUGCAGCUGCGCUUUGAUCCGCAAAACCAAUGCCUCAAGGCGAUUGAGGUGUACGGCUUUGACAACAUUCGACUUCAAUACGAGAAAUCUGCGUUUGGGGGCCAGCCCGUAUGCGACUAUGGCUUCCGUGAAAUCCAUCAAGUGUUCGGCAUCACGCGUGCAGACUUCAACUCGGUGGAGAAGGCCUACUUCCUCGACUACCCCGGCUUGCGCCUGGGCUUCAACGUCCCCGAGAAAUGGGUGCAAACGUAUGCACACAAGAAGGCAGACUUGGCACAGUCGCUCGCAUUUCCAGACGGCGAGACUGCCACCCUGUCUUCACUUCUCGUGUUUUGCGCCUCAACGAUGACUGCGACGCACUUUUAA